CACAUCCGGCCCGAUCCCUUUCCAAGCCUUCCAGUGGGAGAAAUCCCUUUGAUGGCUCUGCACAGGCUGCCUUAGCGUCUCCGCCCCCCCCCUGCGCCCCCCCCCUAUCUGGAGGAAGUUUGGGUCAUUCCAGGUGCCACUCGCUUUUUCUCAUCAGGAUUCUUUCUGUUUGGCAGAUGUAAUUGCCACACAAGAAAAGAUUACUUUUGCAGAAUUUAUUUAUCCCUUCUUCCCCUCCCCCUCCUCAAAUUUGGCCAAUUGGCACUUGCAAAAGAACAAGGUGAUGCUUCGGAUCCUCUUGGAGACUGUGCUGACGCACGGAUUGAAGACAGAAGCCCAAGACUUGGUGGGCCCUGAAUCCACACGAGGCUCUGGCUCGGUUGAGGCUGGGGGCACAGAGGAAUGCUGGGAAAAAAUAGUGAAGAAGAUCCUCGGUGGAGACGACGCCAGCUCAAGUGUGCAGUGCCGGCGUUUCAGGCAGUUCCGUUACCAGGAGGCUGCCGGGCCCCGAGCGGUCUGCAGCCAACUCCAUGAACUUUGCUGCCAGUGGCUGAAGCCAGAGAGACAUGCCAAAAGCCAGAUCCUGGACCUGGUGAUGUUGGAGCAGUUCCUGACCAUCCUCCCCCCAGAGAUGAAGAACUGGGUCAUGGAAUGUAGAGCGGAGACCUGCUCCCAGGUGGUGGCCCUGGCAGAAGGUUUCCUUCUGAGCCGGGCAGAUGACAAGAGGCACAAAGAUCAGGGCCUGCUAGGGGAAGUUGUUCUUGAUUUCCCUGAAGCAGAGGAGGCUCCGUCGGACGCCAGGCCGAGGUUGUGCUCCAGGAGACCCACACAGGGGAGGGAUGGAAGCCCCGCCUUGCCAGGUGGUGGAAAGCUGCUGGCGAUGGAGACCGCGCCUCCUCCUGUUGGUGGUGGAGGGGAACCAGUGUCCGGGCACCCUGGUCAGGGUCCGGUGACCUUCAAGGAUGCAGCUGUGCUUUUCACAGAGGAAGAGUGGCCUCUGCUUGAUCCGUCUCAAAGAGCCCUGCAGUGGGAAGUCAUGGUGGAGAACUAUGCAAAUCUGACCUCGCUGGCUGGUGAUGUCUGGGAGAGCAGGAAUGAGGAAGAGCCACAUGGAGUGUCCUUAGAAAGAGUCUCAUGUGCAAAGGCAGAAGAGCAGUUCAAGGCAACUGAGACUGAAGCAAAACAGGAGAGGAGGACCACUCCCUUUGCUUCAGAAAGGGUUGAUUUCCCUGAAAUAACAGUCCAAGAAAAAAUAAGCAAUAGGCAUGCAUCAUUUGCUUCUGAAAGUCCUGAGUCCCGUGAAACAACAAUGCCCCCCAAAAUCACCCAUGGGCAUACAUGGUUUCCUCCUGAAAGUGAUCUUCCCCACAAAAAGGGCCAUGAAAAGAAAAGGAGCAAGUGCAAUGCGUGUGGGAAGAGCUUUAGUCAUAAAUCGCUCCUUAAUGAACAUAAACGCAUUCACACAGGGGAGAAACCAUAUACGUGUUCAGAAUGUGGAAUGAGCUUCAGCCAGACCACCACCCUUACCUCUCAUCAGAGAAUCCACACGGGAGAACCAUAUCAGUGCUCCAUGUGUGAAAAGAGCUUUAGUCACAGCAUAAGCCUAUGCUCCCAUCAAAGGAGCCACACAGGGGAGCAACCGUUUAAGUGCUCAGAGUGCGGAAAGAGCUUCAGUCGAAACACAAGCCUGACUAUGCAUCAAAGAAUUCACACUGGGGAGAGACCGUAUACAUGUUCAUUCGUUGGGAGGAGCUUCAGCCGCAGCCAAAGCCAUGCUAACCAUCUAAAACUGCUCACUGGGGAGAAACCAUACAAAUGCUUAGAGUGUGGAAGGAGCUUUAUAGAGAGUUCAUACCUUAAGUCACAUCAAAGAAUCCACACAGGGGAAAGACCAUAUAUAUGCUUGGUGUGUGGAAAGAGCUUCAGGUGGCUAGCAAACUUAAAUGAUCAUAAAAAAAUCCACACAGAGGAUUGUUCCAUGAAUUCUCCAGGGGGAUCACAGUUUGUAUUACACCCUUCACUUCCAGGAGAAACCAUAUACAUAGAGUUGGCAAAGGCUGGGCUAGGGGCAGUUGGCCCCACCAGGACUGCUCCAGCAGGGCAGCAAUGCAGGCCCCUUUCAAUUCCAGCCCAAGAGGGAAAGCGGAUCCCAGAAGGGAAAGAGCUGGCAAUGCAGGGGGUGCCCAGUGCGGCGGAGGAAGGGCCUUUGCUCAGUGGGCAGAGCAUGUGCAGAAGGUCCCCGGUUCAAUCCUCCAUGGCAUCUCCAGACAACAGCCAAGAGCAAAUAAAGCAAAGGUUACUGCAACAGACGGCUGUGCGGCAUAACCAGCUGAUGGAACAAUUGCUCGCGGCCCAGCAGCGGACCCAGGACAAAAUGCUGAGGCAGGUGUUGGAGGCCCUACAGCCUCCGCCGGGGAAUCCAGGGCUUGGCAGAGAUGGUGCCUGCCAGUUUGUCCCUCCCAUUGAGAUAAUGAAGAUGGGCUCGGAGGAUCACCCAGAGGCUUUUAUUAACACAUUCGAGCGUGUGGCCUCUGCAGCAGGGUGGCCUAUUCUUUUGACACCUGCCCAAGCUAGCGUAAAUACCCUAUUCCCAGCAGAGACGGGGAGUUACGACAAGGUAAAGGCCAUUGUCCUGGGGCCUUGGAAUGCCUCUGAAGAGUCCUCUCGGAGGAGAAUGCGAGAGGUCUGCUGGAACCCCAAAGUUCCCCCGCGCGCCCUGGCCCAAGAAAUCCGGUCGAAUGGGUUGCGGUGGUUGAAGCCAGAAAUCCACACUGCAGAGCAAGUCGCGGAAAUGAUUUUGCUGGAACAGUUCAUCUCCAUACUGCCGCCGGCCCUGUGGAACUGGGUGCAGCUCCAGCAGCCCAGGAACCUGGAGGCAGCCAUUACAUUAACAGAGGCCUAUCCUGCAAAAGAGGAACUGGAGAGGCGACAAGCUAGGACCCAGAGCGGCAACGAUGACCCUAAAGCCAAAAGACUUGCUGGGAGGAAUAGCGGGGGUGGCUCCCCCAGGGGCAGUGACAGGGUUCGGCCUGAGGGGACUCAGCCUAAUUCUUCUGGGGAAAGGGGGAAUCUCCACAGAGGACAACCCAGACCAGCAAUUAAAACCCAGCCAUGGAAACCACAGGAUGGGGCAGGGCACCCCUUCGUCCAGCGUGGGAAAGGAGGACACAUUAAAAAGGAGUGUCCCAUUAUGGAGUGCGCCGGGAAGGAGGCAUGGAUUGCUGCCCAGGUUCUGGAACAAUGCCACUUGACAGCUGCUCCCGACUUGAAAGUCCAUCGUGACCGCAGCAAUGAGAGUCCCAGAGGUGGCUCAGUUUACACCUCUUCCUCCUCCAUCUCCCCUGCAGCGUCUGGAUCGUUUCUUCCUUGGGGUGAAGUGGAGAGGGUUGCCGGGAGGCCCCCUCAGGGUCUGGUGACCUUCCAGGCUCUCUUGACGUUUGAGGAGGUGGCUGUGCAUUUCACGGAGGAGGAAUGGGCUCUGCUGGAUCCCGGCCAAAGAGCUCUGCACAGGGAAGUCACGAAGGAGAAUUAUGAGACGGUGGCCUCUCUGGAAUCGGAUGCCUUUUCCUGGUGGGAAGAAGGACUAGAUCCGUUUAUCCGGGAUCCCAAAGAAGAGGAGACGCCAGCAGAAAUUCUCAAACCAGACCACAUCUCUUGGCUGGGUGAAGAUCCAACUGGACAGGGCUCUGAGGAUGGGAAGAGAUUGGCAGGUGACGUGCAGAACAAUGGGAAUUACAGGGAUCAACGGAUGGUGUCAUCAGAGAUAGCCAAGAAAGAAGCAGGAACGCAGAUGAUCGGAAAUCUGAGGGGACCAGAAAGGCAUGAGGGAAACCAGUCAAAGCAUGGCAGGAAGAAUACUUCUCAUAGUCUUGAUGUCAGUGAACCCCUCCUCACAUGGGAAGAUCACCAAGGAAACAACAGGAAAACAUGUACAUUAUAUGGGAAAAUAUUUAGGUGCAACUCACAUUUAAAUAGACAUUGCACAAUCCACACAGGGGAAGAACCAUAUAAAUGCGUAGAAUGUGGGAAGAGCUUCAGCAAGCAUGCUCAUCUUACUAGACAUCGAAGAACCCACACAGGGGAGAAACCAUUUAAAUGCAUGGAAUGUGGAAAGAGCUUUGGCCAGAGCGGUACCCUUACUACACAUCAACGAACACAUACAGGGGAGAAACCAUUUAAAUGCAUGGAGUGUGGACAGAGCUUCAGAGAUAGUGGAACUUUUGCUAAACAUCAACGAAAGCACACAGGGGCGAAACCAUUUAAAUGUAUGGAGUGUGGAAAGAGCUUCAGUUUGAGCUGUACCCUUAUUAUACAUCAACGAAUACACACAGGGGAGAAACCAUUUAAAUGCACCGAGUGUGGAAAGAGCUUCAGAGGUAGUGGAUCCUUUAUUAAACAUCAGCGAACACACACAGGGGAGAAACCAUUUAAAUGCACUGAGUGUGGAAAGAGCUAUAGUAUGAGUGGUGAACUUACUAGACAUCAACGAACACACACAGGGGAGAAACCAUUUAAAUGCAUGCAGUGUGGAAAGCACUUCAGAGAAAGUGGAAACCUUUCUGUACAUCGAAGAACCCAUACAGGGGAGAAACCAUUUCAAUGCAAGGAGUGCGGAAAGUGCUUCAGAGAUCGUGGAACCCUUACUAUACAUCAACGAACCCACACAGGGGAGAAACCAUUUAAAUGCAUGGAGUGUGGAAAGCAGUUCAGAGAUAGUGGAAGUCUUGCUAAACAUAAACGAAGACACACAGGGGAGAAACCAUUUCAAUGCAUUGAGUGUUGAAAGAGCUUAAUUCAGAGCAGUAGCCUUCCUAAGCAGACACAGAGAGCAGAAAUCUUUGCUUUUAGAAUCCAUUCUUGCUGCUUGUCACAAUUUUACACUAGGUUAGGUUUUCUCGUGCUGUCUUUUCCACAGUCUUUGUUGUACCUCUCUGAUUAAUCUUUUGGGAGAUUUUAUUUUUCCCUUAUAAGAGCCCUUCCUGGUGAUUUUUACAUAGAAUCAGCUUUUCUGGCCUUUGGCCUAUAGAGAACAUUUUGUUUGUAUAGGUUACUUUUUUCACUAGGGCUGUGCAUCAGAAUGAACCAAAUCCCAAACCAAAUUAGGCUGAUUCGGUUCAAUUUCUAUCCUGACCGGACUGGCUUGAAGCAGCUACAUCUCUCUACGAGUGGAUUGGCUAAUCCUGAAUCGAUUUGUGCAGAUUUGUAGCUCCAAAGAAUCUUUAAUGAACCCUGAUAGAGUGCCUCUGAAAUGUAGCAAUUACAGCACUAUAUAAGAAGAACACUAGGGGGAGAGAGGGGAAGAAGGCUAAAAUGCUGUCACCCCACCAAACACUCUCCUAUCACAGUGCUUGUAGGGGGUGAAGUCUUAAAAUGCAGAAAUCUUUUGUAAAUUUUGUCUUUUAGAAAUGUUUCGUGGGUGUUGCGUGGCAUUUGUUAAGCUUGUAAUGUUUUGUCUUCCUUCUCAAUCAAUCCCAGUCCCAUAUAUAUAAUACGAACAUAAUACAUAUAUAUGAACGUAAUUGUGAUUAACAAAACAGAGGUUUUUAUUGUAUUAACAAAAUGUUUCAGCUUCUGCCUUCAUCAGCUGCUAACAUACAAAUGCUGUUACCCAGGUGGCAUUUAUAGAGCUCUGAGGGUCACAGCCUGUUGGACUUUUCUAUAAUACCGAUAGAGACGCCAACAGAUUCAGCAGCAUUGACCAAAAGGGAGAACGUUUGGAUAUACUCUCUGGACACAUUGGCACCACAUGGCCUGAACCUGGAGGACAGCACCACCACUAAUUAGCUUCUGCAAAUGAAGCCCCUCUGAGCAUUCCAUCCUCAAAGCUCUAUAACUGCCA